UAAUACGUCAAUUCGAGUUUCGACCGCCACGUGCUGUCGGGAUCAUAGAAGUCACAAUUUUUUAGUGUCAAGACGAUGGACUUUUAACCAUGGCAAGUUGGAAAAUACUGCAGAUUACCAGGUUAGAUGCAGGUGGCACAGUCGACGAUAGAGGCAUACGGCAUUUUAUAUAACCGUAUUCCCUCUUAGGCCAAGGGUUCAUGUAACCCCGUCUCCCAACUGCAGCAUGGCCAUUCAGGGACCUGGUAAUCAAUCCCCGAUGAGCCAAUUGAAUCUCGUUGAUAAUCGCACCAAUAACCCGGAUCGCAUGGUAUUAGCUGCUACUCCAUGUACUAGGACCAUCCCGGAGGGGAAAUGCUGACCCCAUGGGGAUCCCGGGUGCUAGUUAGGACUUAUCAGGAGAGUGGAGAUACCGGGGUUGAUGGCUUUCGGCAGCCUUAUCACUGUAUAAGAUGACAGCUACCGUGCUUAUUUUUCUCCGAUGCUCAAUUGAUCCUUCAUCAUUUCUUAACCUGAAAUGAGAAUUUUAUUCACUCGUCGUCGCCCUACCUAAGCCAUGGCGGAACAAGUUGAAGACACACGAGCCUCGUUGUCAAAGGCUCGCUUAAGCCAUGACACAAUGGAAAAGAAAGGUCGGAAAAUCGACCUUGGGGACAUUGAUGGGCUCGAACCGAGCCCAGAGACGUACGCUGCCAUCAUGGCGACAAAUAAGCCAGAUCCUCGAGGUCCUGGUUAUAUAAGGCUGUAUCUCCUGGCAGGAUCGCUUUUCCUUUGCUCUACCUUUAAUGGCUUUGAUACUUCCCUGAUGGGCUCAAUCAAUGCCUUGCCAAAUUAUACGGAGUACUUUGGUCUUCCGGCCACCGGGAAUGCUUCGACAGGAAUCGUGUUCGCUAUCUUCCAGGUCGGCCAAAUGUGCGCUGCUCUUUUCAUCUGGAUGACAGAUUGGUAUGGCCGAACAUGGCAUAUUUUCUUCGGUUGCUUGGGCGUGUGCAUCGGCACUGUUGUCACGGCUCUUUCGACGAAUCUACCGAUGUUCAUCGGAGGGCGUUUUCUGCUGUCUUUCUUCGCAACCUGGGCGCAAACCGCAUCGCCCCUUUAUCUUGUAGAGAUCUCGCCCGCUGCUUACCGAGGGACCAUAGCCGGCGCAUACAACACAUUUUAUAACAUCGGUGCGCUUCUAGCUACCUCUUCCGUCUACGGUUGCCAUCUGCAUCUGGCAGAUAAGGGUGAUCUCGAUUGGCGUAUUCCUUUAUGGCUGCAGAUGGUCUGUCCCGCGAUUCUCGGCUGCUUAAUCAAGUUUUUUCCGGAGUCACCGCGAUUUCUUAUCGCUAAUGAUCAGCACGAGAAAGCCAGAGACAUCAUUACCAAGUAUCAUACUAACGGAGACCCAAACCAUCCUCUUGUCGCCCUUCAAAUGAAGGAGAUGCUUGGGACAGUCCAGGGCUCACAGAAAGCGACAUGGAAAGACAUUUUUGACCUUAGGGUCCUUGUGGAAACUCGGGCGAGUAGAUACAGGCUGAUGUUGAAUAUUGCGUUCUCGUGGUUCGGUCAGUUCAGCGGUAACAAUAUCGUCAGCUACUACCUCCCCCUAAUGUUGGAUGGUAUUGGCAUCAAAGAUACCAACACCAAAUUAAUCCUCAAUAUAGUCUAUGCUGUCAUCGGAUGGGUAUUCUCAAUGUGCGGCGCUCGUCUUCACGAUGUAGUAGGGCGUCGCAAGAUGCUCAUAGGUAGCACCCUGGGCAUGACUAUCUGCCUUGCUUUCGUAGCCGCUGGUGCUGCUGGAAAGGUUGAAUACGGUAACAGUUCAGCGGCUACACUGUCCAUCGUAUUCAUAUUCAUUUUCGGAGCCGUCUUUGCCACAGGUUACACCCCGAUGCAGCCUAUCUACCCAGCGGAAGUGGUUUCCAACAAAAUGCGAGCCAAGGCGAUGGGAACAUUCAAGCUAACUGCUGGCGCUGCCGGAUUCCUGAACACAUUUGUCGGACCAAUUGCGCUAAGUUCAAUUGGCUAUUGGUUUUAUGUAUUCUUCGUAUUCUGGGAUUCCUUCGAGAUGGUUUUUAUGUAUUUUUUCUUCGUUGAAACGAAGGGAAUGACUCUCGAAGAGUUAGAUGCGAUUUUCGAAGCGAAGAACCCGCGAAAAGCUAGUGUUGAAACGAAAAAGAUGCAGAAAAGAAUUAUUAAGGAAGAAGGAAUUGGUGGAGGUGGAGGGGUAAGUGUGUAAUUGUUGUUCAGUUUAGAGAUUAUUAAUUGAGUCAGUUAGUAAAAGUUGA